UUCUGUUCUUGUUCUUACUACUUGUUUAGUGAUGUGCUAAAAUCGGGCUUGAGUGAAUUAAUAAAAUAUAUUUUGUAUCAAUGAAAUAAAAUACAAGGGAAAUUAUUAUUAUCAAUUAGAAAUAAAUUUUUCAUCUUAACAAGUUCCUCAUUUAAUUGUGUAAAAAUGAUUAUAAGAUUUUUAAGAAUAAUUGUCUGCCUAAUAUUUUAUUCAUGUUGCUGUUUAGCGGCGGCAUCUUCACCACUCAUACCCUAUGAGAGUCAACAGUACUAUGUUCUUGAGAAUAAAGUUUCUACAAAACAACUGCAACAUGUCUCUUCACAAGAAACCAGCUAUACCUUCAAUUCACUGCUCAAAAUAAAUUCAGUUUGGAAUUCAGACAACGAACAACUUUUACAAGUUUACUUUACUGAAAAUCGUGUCUCCGCUCCGGGUAAAAAGGGCAAUGUUAAAGUACAAGAAAUUGAAAAAAUCCCUGAUAGACCUUUUUAUAUUAGCUUUAUCGACAACAAACCAAGUAAAGUUAUUGCUCAUACAUCGCGGGAUCAGUCUCUGCUAAAUAUGGAACGAGGCAUUGCCUCGUUAAUGCAUAUUAAUUUUGAAAAUGGACCCGUUAGCGAAAUAGAUGUUUCGGGCAUGUGUAAUAAUUUCUAUAACAUCAAGUCGUCUACAAAAGUAAAUAAAAUCAAAACUGAUUGUUCCCACUGGGAUUUAAAGGUGAAUUAUAGAGCCGAAAAACCUUUAGGUGUUCAUCAAAAAUCAUUUGAAAGAGUUGAAUAUGAUUUGUCGGCUGAUGGUCAGUUGUUGCUAGCCUCUUCGGUGGAAACUCAUAAAUUAAGUUUGGAAGCCCUACCGGAAGUUGGUACUCAAGUAGAAUCUUUGUUGUUCUUAAAGCACACAACUUUUGCCGUUGAACCUGUAGAACAACUUCCCUAUAAAACUUCAGAAGAAGCUAUUAAGAGUUUAUUGGAGUGGUAUAGGGUAUUUGAAAUUGAAGCUGAUGUGGAUGGUGUUAUUAGUGAAAUUAAGGACAUUACAUUGAAACAACAAGUUGCAUCAUUUAAUAAAGAUUUAACCGAUGAUUUAAUAGGCAAAAAAGCCUUAGCCGAAGCCUUUGUUAAACUUGUACCUUUGGCUCGUAUUACCAAACAAGAAGAAUUUGUGGAAAUAUUAAAAUCUAAUAAAAAGUUACACUCCCAAUUGGUAGAUCUUCUAGGAGCGGUACAGACUAUCGAUGCCCAUAAAGCCAUUCAUGAAAUUUUUGAUUUUAACAAAAAGUCGGAUGUAGAUUUAUUGGAGAAAUAUUACCAAUCUCUUUCAGUUGGAACUCAUCCUGAAAGAUCUAUAAUUGAAGAUCUCUUUGAACGUCUUACAGCUGCUGAGGAAAAUGCCAUCAAAAAUGAAAAAUUACAAGAUUCAGUACUUCAGUGUGUGGCCUCGCUCACCCAUCAGUCAGGCUUCGAUGCUAACGACAAACUUUUGAAAGAAAUUAAAGAAUUUAUUUUAAAAAAUCUCCUUGAAAUUUGUAAAGAUGAAGUCUGCAAGACUCGUUACAUAAGAUCUUUACAAAAUCUGCGGGAUCCCACGACCAUUUCCAUUUUAAUGAAAUAUGCCUUAAAAGAGGAAACUAAAAUAUCUGUGGCCGCCAUGCAAGCCUUAAAAUCAUUCCCCAUUAUACAUUUUAAUGAGAAACAUCGUCAAGCUUUUACUCACAUCUUCUAUCAAAUACCAAAGAAAUACGAUUCCUCUGCUCGCACUUUGGCUUUGGAUAUACUCUUGGACAUGAAACCAACACCCGAACAAUUGGGACAUUUAUUGGAUUAUUUGGCCUCGAAUGAUCGUCAUUUCGAAAUUAAAACGUAUGUUAUACAAAAGCUGAAAAUGUUGUCGGAUAAAUGUCCACGCUUUAGGGCUCUGCUCGAGACUGGUUUGCACGAGCGACCUCACAUUAAUAAUUAUCACAUAAUUGGUCAAAAGGGUCUUACUACAGUUUUAUCUAGAGAAUUAUCUUGGGCUCCUGCUUUCAAUGAAAGUCUACUCAGUACUCAAGAAAUUUAUCAAGGCGUUUUGAAACGAGGUUCGGUUGAAUUGAUAUUAUCUGCUGGCAGAGAAGAAACUAGCACCUUCAAGCUGGGCAUCUAUACUAGUGGUUUAACAUCGUUUGUAGGAGAUAGUGAUGAGGAUACAAAUGAUGAUGACGAAGAAGUCGAUGAUAGUCCUGCUACUGCUGGUAUGGAAAUUGCUGUACAAGGGGUUCUCUUGAGACCUUUGAUAUUUUUCACCGGCCAAUCUGAAUUGAUGGGUCAUGUAUGGAGUGGCACGGCCUCAGAUCCUACACCAGCCUUCCAAGCCACCACUUUAGCUCAAGAUCAUGAACACUAUAUAAUAUUGUCAUCCGGAGCCACUGUCUACACGAGAGUAAUUGGUUCUAAAUCGGUGGAUUUGAAUGGCAAAGUAGAUUUUAGUAUAUGGAAUCGUAAUGCCAAUACCGAAAUUCAACAAAAUUCUGCUGCUGCCGUACAUGGCAUAAUGAAAGCUGGCUUUACUUAUGCCCAAGUAAGUAAUGAGUUUCUUUUGACCUAUGAGCCCAAAAUCAGCCUUCAAGCUGAUAUUGAUUUCUAUUCUGGUAUAAAAUUGUGCAUGCAAUUGCAAAGACCUGAAAUGCAGUUAAAACACUUCAACACUCAAUUGGUUACCUUACAAGCCGACCACAGAUUUAGCAAAAAAGUUUUGUCAAAAUACUCAUAUAACUUCCCAGGCCGUACUUUAGCUUUAAAUCAAAAGAAUAAUGAAAUGUGUAACAUGAUAUUCAAUUAAUUGCAUUUGUUUGGCAUUUAGUUUUUUUUCACUCGAAUUCCUAAGUUUAAUUAGGAUUAGUUUUUUCUUACUCGUUACUACCUCUUGGAACGACAAGGAAAAAAUUUAAAACUUGAUAAAUUAAAAAAAGUGAUUUCGUAUUUUUGUAUAGAAAAAUGUUUAUAUUUUUUGAUAUUUUAUGACUGUUGUGGUGCAUACUCAUGUAUAUUUUUCUUUUUUAAUAAUUGUUUUGCUACGGAUUUAUAAAGCUAAGCUUAAGUCUUAAAUUCUCAAAUAAAAUAAAUAACUUUAUAUGUA